AUGCCAGAUAAUACCCGAGAUGAAGCUCCUGCCACUGGAGGCAGAAGAUCGUCUAGACCGAUGCCAUUGCCAGGCUCCCGAGGAGCUCCUAACUUUGACAAGGAAAAACCCAUUGAGCUGUUAAGAUUCAUUGACCAAAUGGAGGACUUGUUCACAGAGCAUGGUAUCGAUGAUGAUCAAGAAAAGAAGAAACAGUUAGGAAGGUAUACGGACCAAAUGACGGAAUUUGAAUGGCGAGCAUUUGACACGUUUGCUCCCGAAAUUGAAUACAAGGAGUUUAAACAGGCGUUGAUCGAUGACUAUCCAGAGGCAAAGAAUGCUGGGAAAGGAACACUAGCAAAUUUGAGAAAAAUUUGUAAUGACCAUCAGCGCAUUGAUAUUGAUGAUAUUGUUGCACUUAAAAGCCUCACUAGAGGUUUCCGGGCAGAACAAAAAUUACUCUUGGUGCCACCUGCCUUGCUUUCCCGAGAUAAAGGAAAAGCUGUCGAUGGAAAAGAACACCGUCCAGAGGAUCCAUAUGCUAUCCUAGAUGUAAUUGAAAUGGCUGAGACUAUUGCAGGACGUGCACAAGGGAUAAGCUCUUCAAGUGAUACCUGGGUUGGUGUCAAUGCGACAGAAACACGGACGACACGAGGGCAUCACACGCAUACUACGCCAGUACAUAGUGUUAAGCUAGAAGAUGAUAUCCGAGAAUUAAACCAGAAAGUUGCGUUACUCAUGGAUAAAAUUACAUCGAGUGAAAAAGCACAAAUGAGUGCCUUCCAAGCAUCAAGACAAGAAAUGAACAAAUUAACUGAGACGUUAAUGACCCAGCAUGUUACCUCAGCACCCACCAUGAGGCAGACACAGCCUACUUGGAGAAUGGGUUCAGACGGAUGCUGGGAAGAACAUAUUAGAACAGGAAAAAUUAAAAUGUCCGGUCAUAAGAUGUUUUUCGCGCUCACAGGACAACCAGUACCUAGAGGAACAAAUGGGAAGUCUGCUAAAAUGAUUGUUGAGGAAGCUAGCAAUAAAGAUAUGAUGGCGCAAAGCAAUAUGUUUGCAUCACCUGGAGAAAUUUACACCCAGAACAGCAGAGAGCCAGGUAUCGUCCAGUUGGGAAUAGAUGCUCGAGUUAAAUCAGUAUACACCAACCAGAUUAGAGAUUCGAGAGAUGAUAUGUUAGAUAAAAUGGCUACUCGAAUUGAUACACUGUUGGGUAAUAAGGUGCCGGCACAGGUGGCACGUCCAUCGGCACAAGAAGUUGACAUAGUCAACAAUAUGAAAAACAUUCUGUCAUAUUUUGAGGGACAGCAAGGUCAAGGUCAAGAAGCUGCAAGUUAUGUAGCUACUAGACGCAGUCAAGCUGAUACUCAGGAACAGCAGGGUUUCUUGUAG